UGGAGGGCAUCUCUCUCUGCCUGACUGCUGCUGGCCACUGCCGUGGGAACCUGCUUAUAUCCAGAACCAGGGAAGGGCAAUGCCAGGAAGCUGGUGAAGGUUUUCUGCUCUUUCCCCACCAUGGCUGACAGCGUUAAGUAUGAAGUGGCCUCCCAGCAUGAGGCGGAUGCCUCCCCUUUGGGUGAUGGGGCCAGCCCAGGGUCCGAGCAGGUAAAGCUGAAGAAGGAGAUCUCGCUGCUUAACGGUGUGUGCCUGAUUGUGGGGAACAUGAUUGGCUCGGGCAUCUUUGUCUCCCCCAAGGGCGUGCUCAUGUACAGUGCCUCCUUUGGCCUCUCCCUGGUCAUCUGGACUGUCGGGGGCCUCUUCUCUGUCUUUGGGGCCCUCUGUUAUGCGGAACUGGGCACCACCAUUAAGAAAUCUGGAGCCAGCUAUGCCUACAUCCUGGAGGCCUUUGGGGAAUUCCUUGCCUUCAUCAGACUCUGGACCUCCCUGCUCAUCAUCGAGCCCACCAGCCAGGCCAUCAUCGCCAUCACUUUUGCCAACUACAUUGUGCAGCCUUUCUUCCUGAGCUGCUUCGCCCCCUACGCUGCCAUUCGCCUGCUGGCUGCUGCCUGCAUCUGUCUCUUAACCUUCAUUAACUGUGCCUAUGUCAAGUGGGGAACCAUGGUACAAGAUAUUUUCACCUAUGCUAAAGUAUUGGCACUGAUUGCGGUCAUCAUUGCAGGCAUUGUUAGACUUGGCCAGGGAGCUUCAACUCAUUUUGAGGAGUCCUUUAAGGAUUCAUCAUUUGCAAUGGGUGACAUUGCCCUGGCACUGUACUCGGCUCUGUUCUCCUACUCGGGCUGGGACACUCUCAACUACGUCACUGAAGAGAUCAAGAAUCCUGAAAGGAACUUGCCCCUCUCCAUUGGCAUUUCCAUGCCCAUUGUCACCAUCAUCUACAUCUUGACCAAUGUGGCCUAUUACACCGUGCUAGACAUGAGGGACAUCUUGGCCAGUGAUGCUGUUGCUGUGAGUUUUGCAGACCAGAUUUUUGGAAUAUUCAACUGGGUAAUUCCAAUUGCAGUUGCAUUAUCCUGCUUUGGUGGCCUCAAUGCCUCCAUCGUGGCUGCUUCUAGACUUUUCUUUGUGGGCUCAAGAGAAGGCCAUCUCCCUGAUGCCAUCUGCAUGAUCCAUGUUGAGCGAUUCACGCCAGUGCCUUCUCUGCUCUUCAAUGGUAUCAUGGCACUGAUCUACUUGUGUGUAGAGGACAUCUUCCAGCUCAUUAACUACUACAGCUUCAGCUACUGGUUCUUUGUGGGGCUCUCUAUUGUGGGUCAGCUUUAUCUACGCUGGAAGGAGCCAGAUCGACCUCGUCCCCUCAAGCUCAGCCUUUUCUUCCCCAUUGUCUUCUGCUUCUGCACCAUCUUCCUGGUGGCUGUUCCACUUUACAGUGAUACCAUCAACUCCCUCAUCGGCAUUGCCAUUGCCCUCUCAGGCUUGCCCUUUUACUUCCUCAUCGUCAGAGUGCCAGAACACAGACGGCCUCUUUGCCUCCGAAGGAUUGUGGCAUCCACCACACGGUACCUCCAGGUCCUAUGUAUGUCAGUUGCUGCAGAAAUGGAUUUGGAUGGUGGAGGAGAAAUGCCCAAGCAACGAGAUCCCAAGUCUAACUAAGUGCCAUAUGGAAUCCUGAGAUGUGGGAAGCAGGGGCUUCUUGUCUCCUACUGGUUGGAGCUAAGGAAGUUGAAAAGGAAAGCUCACUUCUUUGGAGGCACCUGUCCAGAAGCCCGGUCUAGGCAGCUUCGACCUUUGAACUUACUUUUUGAGAAAUGAAAAGUAAUUUAUUUGUUUUGCUACAUAUUAUUCCAGACUUUUUAAAAGGAAUGAUAAAGCAGACUGUGGUGGGAGCAUGUCAGGUGUGGGCUUGUUCUUAUGGCACCUCUGGGUUUGCCUACCCAGUCCUCUUUUCCUUUGAAAGGCCCACAAUGCUCCAAACUUCUUGUCUCCUUUAGAGAGACAUAAAACUGUCACAGGUGCUGGACAAUAAAAAGGUUAUGUUGCUAAA